UGCUAUCGCCGCACCCGUCCAGUUUCGUAUCAAACCUCAAUCGGAAUGGAAGUGGAACUCCUACAUGUGGGAGUACUGGUGGCGAUCGUCGCCUUUCUGUACCGCUGGAUAACGCGCAACAAUGACUACUUCCACGAUAAACCGAUCCCGUCGAUGGCCGUUACGCCGUUCCUGGGUGCUUCGGGACCUCUCCUGCUGCGAAAGGUCACCUUCAACGACUUUGUCCAAUCAAUUUACAACAAAUACCCCGGAGUGAAAGUCUUCGGCAUGUUUGACACGAUCACGCCGUUCUUCGUGAUCCGCGAUCCGGAGUUGAUCAAGCAGAUCGGCAUCAAGGAUUUCGAUCACUUCGUGGACCACCGUCCGACGUUCGGACUGGACGAUGAAACGGCGGAGCAUCCGAAGGCGCUGUUUCGCAAGACGCUGUUCUCGAUGACCGGUCAACGGUGGAAGGAGAUGCGCGCUACGCUGAGUCCGGCCUUCACCGGCAGUAAGAUGCGACAAAUGUUCUCGCUGAUGAGCGAAUGCUGCGACGAAAUGAUGAAGCACUACCUGGACAAGGCGAAGGGUUCGGGAAGGGUGGAAGUCGAAAUGAAGGAUUUGCUGAGUCGAAUCAGUAUCAAUGUGAUUGCGUCGUGUGCUUUUGGAAUCAAGGUGGACUGCUUCAAAGAGCAGGAACAUGAGUUCUUGUAUCACGGCAGGAAGAUGAUGGGCUUCGGCCGGCCGAUUGUGAUUGCGAGGAUGUUGGCCAUGCGUGUCUUCCCGAAGUUCGCUGCGAAGUUCGGAAUCGACUUGCUCGAUCGUGAGCAAGCGAACUACUUCACACAUGUUUUCCAAGAGACUAUUAGGGCUCGGGAAAGCCAUGGUUACAUUCGGCAUGAUAUGAUCGACCUGUUGCUGCAGGCUCGCAAGGGUACGCUGAAGUAUCAGGAAGAGAAGGAUGACCAGGAAGGGUUCGCCACCGUACAGGAGUCAGAUGUAGGCAAAGCAGACGUGUCGAAGAGUAUGACCGAAGCAGAGAUGAUCGCACAGUGCUUGAUAUUCUUCCUUGGUGGAUUCGACACUGUGUCUACCUGUGCCAUGUUCACUGCCUACGAGUUGGUCCGCAAUCCGGAAGUUCAACACAAGCUGUACGAAGAGAUUAAGCAGACAGAAAAGGAGUUGGAAGGAAAGCCGCUGAGCUACGAUGCACUUCAGAAGAUGAAGUACAUGGAUAUGGUAGUGUCGGAAACACUGAGAAUGUGGCCCUUGGCUCCGGCUACGGAUCGUCUCUGCACCCAAGACUACACCAUUGAUGACGGCCAGGGCGUGAGAUUCACGAUCGACAAGGGAACGUGCGUUUGGUUCCCGGCAGCUGGACUGCACCACGAUCCACAGUAUUUCCCCAAUCCGGAGAAGUUCGAUCCGGAGCGGUUCAAUGACGAAAACAAGCGGAACAUCAACCUGGGAGCGUAUCUGCCGUUUGGUAUCGGCCCAAGGAACUGCAUCGGAUCGCGGUUUGCGCUGAUGGAGGUCAAGGCCGUCAUGUAUUUCAUUCUGCUCAAGUUUUCGUUCGUCCGAGGCGCAAAGACCCAGAUACCGAUGCAGCUACGGAAGGGAUUUACCAAUCUGGGUCCGGAGAAUGGAAUGCACGUGGAGCUGAAGCUGCGGUGAACUGCGGCGAUAGAUAAGUUUCUUAGAGAGUAGAUUAGAUAAGGUGCCUAAUAAAUAUUUUUCUGAUGCGAAACCGGUUUUGCGGUUAUCGAUCGUCUGUGUCUACGAA